AAGAGGAUUGGGGUAGGAGGGGAGGAACAAUUGGAGAUGCCUCCAUUUGAUGACAGUGGCACUAUGAUCAUUCCAAAACCUCAAGUUGUUCUAGAAAGGCGGGUCAUGAGGGGAGAAGAGGAGAUUUUGGUGCAUUGGACAUCCCCACAGAUUCCAUGUGGGAGAGAAUAG